AUGGCGUUUGAUGAGCAUGAGUUGGGGUCUUAUCCCUUCUACCUGUGCACUCGGCUCUCCCCAGCAGAGGCCUCCUGCCAAGGCAUUCGGUGUGCAUCUGGGCAGCGCUGCCAGAUGGUGAAUGGGAAGGCCAGGUGCGUGGCAGAGUCGAGAGCUGUCUGCCGCGCCCAGGGUGAUCCCCACUACACCACCUUUGAUGGCCAUCGCUAUGACAUGAUGGGUACCUGUUCCUACACCAUGACUGAGCUGCGCAGCACCAAAGACUCUCUGCUGGCCUUUAAAGUAGAUGCCAAGAAUGAGCACCGGAGCUCCAACAAGGUGUCCUACGUGCGCUUGGUCACCGUGCAUGUCUAUGGCCACACUGUGUCCCUGAUCUAUGGAGAAGUAGGCCUUGUGAAGAUCAACUACCAGUACUCAAGCCUCCCUGUCUCUCUGAGUGAGGGUCGCCUGCGUGUGCACCAGAGUGGAACACGAGGUGUGAUAGAGCUGGACUUUGGGCUGGUGGUCACCUAUGACUGGGAUGGCCAGCUGACCCUGAGCCUGCCCAAGCGCUUUCAAGACCAGGUAUCCGGGCUGUGUGGCAACUAUAAUGGAGAUCCUGCUGAUGACUUCCUCAUGCCUAAUGGGAAGCAAGCUUCUGAUGUCCUAAACUUCACCAAGAGCUGGAAGGUGAAAGUUAGAGACCUCUUAUGUGAUGACGGCUGUUAUGGCAACUGUCCGUCCUGCAUCCCAAGCCAGGCCCAGCUCUUUAAGAAAGACCUUUUCUGUGGCAUGCUGACUGUGCCCUCAGGCCCCUUUGCUGACUGUCAUCAAUUUCUGGACCCCGAGCCUUUCCUGGAAGAAUGCGUGUAUGACAUGUGUGUGACAGGAGGGGAACGUCUCACCCUGUGCCACGGCCUCAAUGCCUAUGCUCAAGCCUGUGUGGACCUGGGCAUCUCUGUCCGCGAAUGGAGGUCGCGAACCAACUGCCCCCUGACCUGUCCAGCCAAUAGCCGCUAUGAGCUCUGCAGCCCUGCCUGCCCGCCCACCUGCAACUCAGAGGCUGCACCGGCCAACUGCUCUUCCCGUCCUUGCGUGGAGGGCUGCGUGUGCCUUCCGGGUUUCGUGGCCAGUCGCGGCCUUUGCAUUCCUGUCUCAUCCUGUGGGUGCAUCUUCCAGAACCGCCUGCUGGCCCCAGGUCAAGAAGUGUACGCUGACGAAAAAUGCCACCGCCGCUGCAUCUGUGAUGGAGCCACUCAGAAGGUCACCUGCAGGAACACAACAGGAUGUCUGCCUCAGGAGUACUGUGGGGUACGGAAUGGCUCCUUUGGUUGCUUCCCGCAAUACUUCCGCAUCUGCCGGGCAUCCGGAGACCCACACUACAUGAGUUUGGAUGAGCGGAUCUUCAAUUUCAUGGGCACCUGCACAUACUUGUUUACUGCCUCCUGUGGCCAGCACCCGUCCCUCCCCGACUUCAAAGUGUUUAUAGAAAAUGAACGCCGAGGAAGUCAAAGCGUAAGCUUUCUGCGUUCUGUGACGUUGGAGGCCUUUGGAACCAAAUUGGAGGUGCGCAGGGAAUACCAAGGCAAAGUGCUGGUGGAUGGCAUCCUUCACUACCUGCCCUUUCAAGCCCUAGGCGGAAAACUCGUAGUGUUCCGCCAAGGCAAGUACGCCAUCCUACGCACAAACUUCAGCCUGACUGUCAGCUAUAACUGGGACACCCAUGUGACUGCCAAGGUGCCCAGCAACUAUUUUAAGGGUGUGUGUGGGCUCUGCGGGAACUUCAACGGGGACCCACGUGAUGACUUGGGUAAGCAGAUUAGAGGAGAAGCCCUGGACCCUCGAGACUUUGGAAAAAAGUGGCUGGUGUCUUCACAUCCCGGCUGCAGGACAGACGAGCAACUUCUGUGUCCUGACUUCGGCAAGGAUAUAGUGUCGAAUAUAACACAGAAGUGCAGAAUGCUUGGUAACAUAACCGGUCAGUUCAAGCACUGUUGGAGAGUGCCUGCCUUCAACAGUGCCUACAUAGAGUGCGCCUACGAUUGCUGCCGUAUGCCAGGCCAAACUAAGCCGCUGUGUGACACACUGGCCACAUACACCGCCAUAUGCCAAUCUUCUGGAGUCAUUGUGUAUCCAUGGAGGACUGAGACACUUUGCCCAAUGAACUGCCCGCCUCAUAGCCACUAUGAGCUGUGUCAGCGAGGCUGUCCGCUGACCUGUGGAGACCAGCCAGUGCCAGGAGGCUGUGGCUCAGAUUGCUAUGAGAGCUGUGUCUGUGAUGAAGGCUUUGUCCUUAGUGGUGAGACCUGUAUACCCCUGGCAUCCUGUGGUUGCGUAUACCAGGGCAUUUACCACGCACCGGGAGAUGACUUCUAUCCUGGCCCUGAAUGUAACUCCCUCUGCCACUGUAAUAAGGGCGGCCUGGUGUCCUGUCAACCGUCAUACUGCAGCCCACAUGAAGUCUGUAAAGUGUUCGAUGGCAUCCUGAGAUGUGUGGGUGUGGGCUCUGCCACCUGUCAUGUAUCAGGGGCUUCGCACUACACCACCUUUGAUGGCCGCCACUUUGACUUCAUGGGCACCUGUGUGCAUGUGCUGGCUCAGACCUGCUGGACCCGGCCUGGCCUGCAACCAUUCACAAUACUGCAGGAGAAUGCAGUCUGGGACAACAACAAGCAAGUCAGUGUGACCAAGGUGAUCACCAUUGAGGUGGCCAACUACACCCUGCAGCUGGAGCAGAAUCAGUGGAAGGUCAAGGUGAACGGCGUGAACAUGAAGAUGCCUGUGUUGCUGGAUCAGGAUAGAAUUCAGGCCUUCCAGCACGGCACAGAUGUGGUUAUCAAGACCAAGUUUGGCCUGCUCGUGUCCUACGAUCUCAAAUACAGCGUGCGUGUCACUGUUCCCCGCAACUACUAUAAACACAUGUGCGGCCUGUGUGGGGACUACAAUAAUGACCCCAAGAAUGACUUCCAGAAGUCUGAUGGCUCACAGGCAGCCAGUUCCAGCGAGCUGGGGAACUCCUGGGAAAAGGCUGUGCCAGGUUCUUCCUGCAAACCCCAGACCGCCUGCAAACCAGGGCUGGGCUGCAACCCUAAGUGCUGCCCAACUCUGGAAAAGAAGUAUCGUGAGAAAGAGUUCUGUGGGCUGAUCGCCAGCCCCACGGGGCCGCUGGCUGCCUGCCACAAGCUGUUGGACCCCCAAGGUCCCUUGCAAAACUGUGUCUUUGAUCUCUGCCUGGGUGGCGGGAACCUGAGCAUUCUCUGCAACAGCAUCCAUGCCUACGUGAGCGCCUGCCAGGCGGCUGGAGGCACUGUCAAGCCAUGGAGAAACCAGAAUUUCUGUCCAAUGGAGUGCCCCCCUCACAGCCACUAUGAGAUCUGCGCAGACACUUGCUCCCUGGGCUGCUCAACAAUCACCACUCCUACCCAGUGCCUGACGACGUGUUCAGAGGGCUGCGAAUGUGACACUGACUUCCUGCAGAGUAUCACAGCCUGUGUGCCCAUGGAGAAAUGUGGCUGCCACUACAACGGAGUCUACUAUGAGCCAGAGGAGUCAGUUCUCAUUGAAAACUGCCAGCAGCAUUGUGUGUGCCAACCAGGCAAAGGCAUGGUGUGCCAGCAUCACAGCUGCAAGCCAGGACAGGUGUGCGAGCCCUCAGGAGGCAUCCUGACCUGCGUCACCAAAGACCCAUGCCAAGGUGUUACCUGUAGGUCUCAGGAAACAUGCACAGAGAAAGAUGGCAAGGGUGUGUGCAUAGCCAAUUAUGAGUCCAAGUGCUGGGUGUGGGGAGACCCUCACUACCAUUCCUUUGAUGGCCUGAACACUAAUUUCCACGGGACCUGCAGUUACCUGCUGGCAGGAACUGGCUGCCCUGGCAUCAGCGCUGAGGGGUUGACCCCCUUUAAUGUCAUCACCAAGCACGAGAGCCAGACCAACCCUACUGUGUCCAACGUGAAGAAAGUCACCGUGACUACCUAUAACACCAGCAUCACCAUCCACAAGAAAAACAUUGGCAGAGUCCAGGUGAAUGGAGCUAUGAUGGCCUUGCCUGUCUACUUGGCUGGUGGGCGGAUUUCAGUGGUUCAUGGAGGCUCAAAGGCUGUGCUGGAGACUGACUUUGGGCUCCAGGUCACCUACGACUGGACCUGGAGGGUACAUGUCACACUGCCGAGCAGCUACUAUGGUGCUGUGUGUGGGCUUUGUGGAAACAUGGACAAAAACCCCCAAAAUGACCAAGUCUUCCCUAAUGGCACAAUGGCACCCUCACUACCUUCCUGGGGUGGCAGCUGGCAAGUUCCAGGGUGGGACCCUCUUUGUUGGAAUGAAUGUCAGGGGUCCUGUCCCACAUGCCCAGAGGACCGAGUGGAGGAGUAUGAGGGUCCUGGCUUCUGUGGACCUCUGGCCCCUGACACAGUGGGUCCCUUCGCCAGCUGCCAUGCCCAUGUGCCUCCUGAAAGCUACUUCAAGGGCUGUGUGCUGGACCUCUGCCUGGGUGGUCAAGCCAAAGACAUCCUAUGCCAGACACUGGCUGCCUAUGCUGCUGCCUGUCAAGCUGCUGGCAUCAAAAUCGAGGACUGGAGGACACAGGCUGGUUGUGGUGAGUGGUGGGGAGCUGUCAGCUACACCAGAAGUGUCACUCUGCAUAUCUAUGGCCUCAGCUUGACUCUCAGUGCCCACUGGCCCAGACAGCUACAGGUGGAUGGAGAGAUGGUAAUGCUGCCUUUCCAGCUGCAAUCACUACUACUUGUUCACCUAAGUGGCACGGGCUUGGUGGUACACACGGCCUGGGGGCUCUCCCUGAUUUUUGAUGGAGACAGUUUCGUGCGCCUGCGCGUGCCCGCAGCCUAUGCAGGCACCCUCUGUGGCCUGUGCGGGAACUACAACAAGAAUCCCAACGAUGACCUGACUGCAGUGGACGGGAAACCUGAGGGCUGGAAAGUGGGCGGAGCUCCAGGCUGUGAUCGGUGCCAGCUUAAGCCUUGCCCAAAACCCUGCACACCUGAGCAACAGAAACGUUUUGGUGGCCCCAAAGCCUGCGGCAUUAUCACGGCCCCAGAUGGCCCACUAGCGCCCUGCCACAACCUUGUGCUACCCAUGCAGUACUUUGAGGCUUGCUUGCUGGACACCUGUCAGGUUCAGGGACAUCCAGGAGGCCUCUGUCCUGCUAUAGCCACCUAUGUAGUAGCUUGUCAGGAUGCCAGGGCCCGACUUGGAGAAUGGAGAAAGCCAGACUUCUGUCGUGAGUACUGACUUAUGUAGCUCCAUACAGACAGGGCCACCCCCUCCCACUCCUGACAGACACACCCUGGCACUAAUACUGAAAAACACCAGUGGGGUAGGGAAGGACCCAGGGCACAUCCAAAGUCAGAAAUCCUGGCAGACCACUCUGGAGGUUCAUGUGGCUGCCUCCAUGAUGGACGCUACUAUGUGCUAGGUGCCACCUUCUACCCAGGCCCUGAGUGUGAGUGGUUCUGUGAGUGCGGGCCUGGUGGCCAGGUCACCUGCAGGAUAGAGACCUGUGGGAUCCAUGAGGAAUGCCGGAUAGAGGAUGGCGUCCGGUCCUGCCAUCCCAAAAGCUCUAAAUUAAUGCUGGUCCUUCAUGGUAUUCAUUUUGCUACGCCUGAUGGCUUGGUAUAUGACCUUUAUGGCUCCUGCUCCUACAUCUUGGCACAAGUUUGUUUCCUGAAACGUGGAGAGCAGGAGUUCUCCAUAGUGCUCGAGAAGGACUUGGCUGGAGAUCCCCAGCGGUUGGUGGUUACUGUGGCAGGCCAGGUUGUGGUCCUGGCAAAAGGACCACAGGUGACCGUGGACAGUGAGGUUGUGGCCCUACCCGUGAUUAUAGGAUCCAUAUUUAUAACGGCUGAAAACCGAAACAUAUUUCUGCAGACAAAAAGUGGACUGAAACUUCUUUUCGAUGGUGAUGACCAUAUCCUCAUGUCCCUCCCGAGUCCCUUCCGUGGACGUCUCUGUGGCCUCUGUGGGAACUUCAAUGGGAACCAGAGCGAUGACUUUGUGCUGCCCAGUGGAGUGGUGGCCCCCAACGUGGAGGCCUUUGGAGCUGCAUGGCGAGCUCCCGGCUCCUCCUUGGGCUGUGGUGAAGGCUGUGGGCCCCAGGGCUGCCCAGUGUGCUUGGCAGAAAAGAGAGAAGCCUAUGAGAAAAAUGAUGCCUGUGGAAAGAUCCGGGACCCCCAAGGCCCCUUUGCAGCUUGCCACAAGGUUCUGAGUCACUCAGAAUACUUCCACCAAUGUAUUUUUGACCUCUGUGCCCAUAAGGGAGACGAAGCCUAUCUCUGCCGCAUCCUAGCAGCUUAUACAGCAGCCUGCCAGGCGGCUGGUGCAGCAGUGAAGCCCUGGAGGACAGACAGCUUCUGCCCUGCCGAGUGUCCUGCCCACAGCCACUACUCUGUCUGCACACAUUCCUGCCAGGGCUCCUGUGCUGCUAUCUCUGGCUUCAUUGGCUGUACCACCCGCUGCUUUGAAGGGUGUGAGUGUGAUGAUCACUUCCUGCUCUCCCAGGGUGUGUGCAUUCCUGCCCAGGACUGCGGCUGCUCCUACAAUGACCAAUAUCUGCCUGUGAACUCCUCCCUGAUGUCCUCAGACUGCAGCAAGCGCUGUUUCUGCUCCCCAAACAAUGGUCUGACAUGCCAUGCAGCUGGCUGCCCAUCUGGCCGCAUCUGUGAGAUCCAAGCUGGAGUCCGGGGUUGUUGGCCAGCUAAAGGUCUCUGCACCUUCUCUGUGGGUGGCAGCCUCAUUACCUUCGAUGGGGCUUUCAAUCCUAUCAGCUCCCCUGGUGUCUAUGAGCUUUCUUCUCGAUGCCCGGGACUCCUGAAGAAGGUGCCCUGGUACAGAGUGCUUGCUGAUGUCCAGCCUUGCCAUGACAAUGACAAGAUCGUAAGCAAGGUCCACAUCUUCUUCCAGGAUGGCAUGGUGACUGUGAUCCCAAGCAAGGGCGUGUGGGUGAAUGGUCUCCGAGUGGAUCUCCCAGCUACUAUGUUAACAUCUGUGUAUGUGUGGAAGAUGCCCGACGGCUCCAUGUUUAUCCACCAGAAGGCCGGGGUUAAGGUGUGGCUUGGAAAAGAUGGGCACCUGGAUGUGAUGGUUGGUGAUGACCUUGCAACCAUGCUGUGUGGGGCCUGUGGAAACUUUGAUGGGGACCGGACUAAUGAUGUGCACAAAUAUCAGAAGAGAAUUUCAAUAGACACGUGGAGAGCACAGGACUUCUCCCCAUGUUCCAACUGAUCAGUCACCACUGGCACUGAAGACAUCAAGACCUGCUCCCUCCCAGAAGUUACAGUGACUGGAAGAUGUCCUAUGUGUCCCUUCCCUGUCCCUCCCCCUUGCUGAGCCACUGACACCAAACCUGAAAGCAUUGAGUAAAUAUCUAGACCCAGA